AUGGGAAAGACCACCAAGAAGAAGGGCUUGAGCUUGCAAAGCGACAUCGAGCGAUUGAUGUUUGCCUGUGGCGACGUUUCCAAUCCUUUGCCCGAGACUGCUGCUGCCUUGGAGAGCAUUCUUGUCGAGUACAUUGUGGACAUUAGCCACCAGGCUGCCUUGAUUGCACACACCUCAGGAAGGUCCAAGAUCAAGGUCGACGAUAUCCAGUUUGCGUUGCGAAAGGACCCCAUCAAGCUCGGCAGAUUGAACGAGUUGAUUGCGCUCCAGAAAGACAUUCUCAAGGCCAAAAAGGCCUUUGACGACAAGUUUGGCACUGCCAAUGCUGCUAACAAGAAGGUUUCUUUCAAAUAG